AUGGCCAGGGCUCCACACCCUCUUCCUCUGCAUCCGUACACCAAUCUGACUCUCCUUUGGCUGCUCUUUUCGUUCGUCAAGCGAACGUCGUGUUUGCGACCCGCACUGCUGCACUUAGUCCCGCUACCCGGGACGCACUGGACAGCUGUGCCACUCGUGCCACCCAUACUCUUAUCAAACAAAUACGCGAUGGAAGUUGUUCGUCUCCUUGAAGCACUCGAGACGAAUAGCCCUAUGACUGGGGAAUCAUCAGUGGAUGUGAUCGGCUACUCGUCUGGUCUCCUUCCAGCGGUUCUUAUUGCGACCUCGUGCCCUUCCCCGGCAGCAGCGUCCCGGACGUUAUCGACGUCGUCUCAGUUUGCAAUUCUUCGCAAUGCAUUGGCACUCUUUGAGGUGUCAGUCGCAAUCGGGAUCGAGGCACAGAUUUCGAAAGAUACCAUGCUCAAUGCAGCUGAUGUCGCUCUUGACGACCCUUUGCGUGAUCGCGAAUGGUCUGCCGUCGUCUUUGGCGCGAAACGCACUUCGAUAGAGACGAAAGUCGCGUCAUGGAAUGCACGAAGCGAGGUACACAUUACCGCUCAGACGACGGAUAUGUGCCACACUGUCAGUGGUCUCCCUCCCGCUCUACGUGAUUUCGUGAGACAUGGGCUCCAUUCGUCAUCGCCGUUCACCUCUUCUGCGGCUUCAGCAAGCCGAUCUUCACUUCUAUCAACGUCGUCGUCAUUCUCUUCUAGUGGAUCCCAUACAAGUGAACACAACUCACUUUCACGCAAAUCAUCUGCGACAAGUUUCACAUCCGAAAUAUCAUCUUGCCCCUCCCCGUCGAGAAGGUCUAAUGACCUUCCGGAGCCUGACCACGCUCUACCUGCUCUCAGCGACUUAAUGACACCUUCUACCCGAACCACCUCCUCACCCAUGUCGGCCGUUACAAGCAAGCCGCUCGACAUAUUCACCCUCUUCCAUGCCGAUAUCUCGCAUCUACGUGCUGUUAAAGAUCGGAUUCUUGACAGUUUCUUCGGAACUUCAUCGAGCGAUGGGAAUGAAUUCUCCGCCCCCGACACACCUACUUUACUUAAUUUUCGUCUUAAUGAUUUUGGCAUCGCCAACACUGAUAAUCAGGAAGCGACCCGCGCCACGCUCAAGAACCUGCGCCUUGUUGAAGGCUACGUUCUAUACGACACAAGGAAUGGCUAUCCAGUGUCUACGGUGCAUGAAGGCAAGCAACUCGUUGAGCUCAUAUUGGACGCUAUUCUCCUCGACAGAGUCGAAUUCUUAAGUGUCAUCGAGAGGCUUGCAGGGCACGUAACUUGUGAUAUGGAAGUAGACCUUGUGAACUUUGGUCCUGGGACAGGUCUUGCACGUGCAGCCAUGCGCACUUUGAAAGACUGCGUCCCAUGCACUGUGGUUCUCAGUGAUUUAUCUAAUCUUACAAAGGGCGAGAACCUUGCAGCGAAUCUUUCUACCUCUGCGAAUACAGGCAGCCCGGAGCCAAUAGCGAUCGUUGGCAUGGCUGUCAACUUUCCCGGAGCACGCAACACUGACGAGCUGUGGCGUGUAUUGGAAAUGGGAAUUAACACAGUCGAAGAGAUACCUAGAACUCGUUUCUCUAUUACUCCAUAUACUGACGCGAACCCCAAUGCGAAUCCAAACAGACAAUUAAAAACGCGCUUUGGAAACUUCCUUCCGGAUGGCCUUCACUCGAGCUUUGACAACGCAUUCUUUCGCAUUAGUCCCCGUGAAGCACAAGCUCUUGACCCUCAGAUGCGUGUUCUCAUGCGCGUUGGUCUUCAAGCUGUUGAGUCUGCUGGACUUGUAAUUGAGGACUCUGCCACGAAGACCGAAGAACGUGGGCAGAGCGCCAUCUAUUCCGACGAUGUCGGCUGUUUCGUUGGUGCAGCUACGAACGACUAUGUUCACAAUCUUCGCAACGAUAUUGGCGUUCAUUACGCGACCGGCACUCUCCCCGCCUUCCUUGCAGGGCGCCUUGCGUAUGCUCUACAUAUCUCGGGGCCCUCUAUCGUGGUUGAUACCGCUUGCUCUUCCUCACUGGUCGCAAUCCAUCAAGCCUGUCGAGCACUGCUUACAGGUGAUUGCAAAGCGGCCCUCGCGGGCGGUGUGAAUGUUAUCUCUAGCCCAGACAUGUUUCUCGGUCUCGAUCGAGCGCAUUUUCUCAGUCCUACGGGCAACUGUAAACCCUGGGAUGCAGCCGCUGACGGGUAUUGUCGGGCAGAAGGCUGCGGCAUGUUCGUGUUGAAGCGGCUCUCGGACGCACUUGCAUCUUCCGACAACAUACUCGGUGUCAUCCGGGGUACAGAAAUCAACCAGUCCUCUGCAGCUGUGUCUAUCACUCGCCCGCACGGUCUGACGCAGGCGAGCCUUUUCCAGUCGCUCCUAACUAAGUCCGGCGUUCGGCCAGAAGAUGUAAACCUAGUUGAAGCACAUGGAACCGGAACCCAGGCGGGAGACCCAGAGGAAAUGAAGACUCUACGUGAUGUGCUCUCACCGAACUCGGGGUCGGCUCGCAGCUCUGCUAACCCGUUGACCGUAACAAGCGUAAAGGGAAAUAUUGGCCAUGCAGAAGCAGCAUCCGGUGCAGCAUCUCUCGCGAAAGUCCUUCUUAUGCUCCGGUAUCGGGCCGUCCCGACACAGGUUGGCCUAAAUGCACUCAAUCCGAAGAUCGAACGCUUGAGCAAGGAUUUCACGCGUAUCAAUACAACUGAGGCAUGCGUGGAUUGGUUACCAAACACCAUUGGUUGCAGACUCGCUCUGGUGAACAAUUUCGGUGCCGCAGGCAGUAAUGCUGCUAUGCUUGUUGAGGAGGCACCGAAUUGUACCUCGAACUUUGUUCCAGCUGAGUGUAAUAAACGCCCCUGUGAUACCGUCCUCGUUGGUCUAUCGGCUGAGACUGAGGAUGCCUUGCUGCGCCUCCGCGGUUCCUAUACCGCAUCCGUCACUGAUGAUAAUCUGCGCAACUUCGCUUAUACUGCUACUGCACGCCGCAAACUCCGGCCGUGGCGCAUGGCUGUCUCUGCUAACUCCGCUGCAGGGAUUGCACGGGCCCUUUCUGAAGCCCGCCCAACGCGUAUCUCUUUCAUGCCAGGGUACUCCGGGAAACAGGUCGUUUUCGUCUUCUCUGGGCAGGGAGGGCAACACAUUGGGAUGGGUCGGCAGUUGUACAAGACCUCCCAACGCUUCAAUACAAUCAUCAACGACUGCCACGAAAAGCUCCUUAAUUGGGGUUAUCCGGGUGUCCUUGCCAUUAUCGAUGCCAAUGAAAAUUCUCGGUUGACAAAGGAUGACGAGAUCGUUGCGCUUCAGUGCGCGGUAUUCGUGCUGGAAUGCGCAUUGUUCAUCCUUUGGGAAAGCUGGGGUGUGAAGGCAGACGCUGUCCUUGGGCAUAGUCUCGGAGAGUAUGCUGCUCUUGUUGCAGGGCGCGUUCUUUCACUUGAGUCUGGACUUCGCCUUGUUGCUCACCGGGCCCGUCUCAUGACCCAGUUCUGCCAACCGGGCACAACUGGCAUGCUAGCAGUGCGCUUACCUGCGGCCGUGGUUUCAAAAGCUAUCUCGGAGGUUCAUAGACACGAUACGCUUGCAAUUGCUUGUUUCAAUGGUCCUAAUGAUAUUGUCGUUGGCGGCAGUCUUGACGAGCUCGAGAUAUUAAAGACGCGGUUGGAUUCAUCAGGGUCGAAGUGCAUGUACGUUGACGCUCCUUUCGCGUUCCAUACAUCAGCAAUGGAACCUAUCUGUGCGAAUCUGUCGCCGUUUGCGCGCAAGAUUGAACUUCGUGCCCCUGUCAUCCCAAUAGCUACCACUGUUGCUGGUAAACUCGUUCAGCCUGGCGAUGCAUCGGUGUUCAAUAGCGAGUACUUUGCAAAGCAUUGUCUCCAAGCAGUUCGGUUCCAAGAAGGUGCUCACGACCUCGUAGAAUCACUUGGCACGAUUGCAGCAUUCGUAGAGAUCGGUCCGCAUCCGACUACCUUGCCAAUGCUUGCCCAUUUAGCCUCCGAGACUGGCGCUGUCUCGCUUCACUCGCUUCACAAGAAAGUGACACCACGCGCUGCACUUUUCCAAGCACUAUCCCGUAUGUUUGUACUACGCGACGGUAUUGCUUGGGACCAAGUCUACCGUGACCUAUACCCAGAUGCCACUUGCAUGGAGAUCCCUAUGUAUCCACUUACUGAGACGGAAUUCUGGGUUCCGUUCAACGAGACGUCAUCAGAAGGCUCAGCGGUUGCUCAGCCCACCGAUCAACUCAAGCGCUUUUCUUUCCUGCAUUCGUGGACGCAAAAGCCAUCUUCACGCGAUGCAAAUGUCUCGGAGUUCGAGACACCGAUUGAGCACCUAGUUGAAUAUAUCACGGGUCAUAGAGUUGCUUCAUCCCCGCUUUGUCCGGCAUCAGUUUAUCAUGAACUGGCACUUAGCGCAGCGACGUGCACGCUCGAGCAUAUUGACGAAGCAUUCACAGAUGCAUUGACACUCUCCGAAGUCCAGUUCACCCUCCCGCUUGUCUAUGAUUCUGCGAAGCCGGUUGUAGUCCGGACGUCUAUCAACCUGCAUCCUAAUGGUGGAAAGCACGCUGGAACGUUCUCCAUUAGCUCUAUUUCGGAUGGAAAAGAGCAAAAUGUUCACUGCACUGGAUUCUUCCAGCGCCGAAAGAAAUGCGACAUGACGUCAAAACUGCAACUUCAUCAUGGGACCGUUGAGCGCGGUAGAAGUGCCCUUCUCAGUUCCGAUCGCAGUGCCUACCACGAGACAUUGCGGACUCGUACUAUCUAUGAGCUUAUUUUUUCUCGCGUCGUCCAGUACUCUAAGCUUUACCAGGUGAUCAACACCUUCACGCUCGAUGAGAAAAACGGAGAAGGAUUCGCUAAGUUCCGACUUUCAGCUGAACAAGCAGGCAAUGGUUUUGUCGCACAGCCGGUUUUCAUUGACGCACUCCUCCAUGCGGCAGGGUUCUUGAUCAACAGCAAAGCGGCCGGAAAUGAGGCUUUUAUUUGCAACCAAGUUGAUUCGUCCAAGGUGCUUUCCGAUCUUGACCAUUCGGCAAGCUUCGAGAUUUACUGCGCCGCCAUACCCGCUGGAGAUGGAUUGAUGCUGGCCGACGCAUGGGCUAUCCAGACCGGGGAGUCUCACAGGGUGGUUGCUCACAUGAAGCGCAUGCGCUUUUCCCGUGUUCGCCUCAGCAGCCUAAAUAGACAUUUGUCUCGGUCAGAGGAUGUUCCGAGCCGCUACUCGUCUCCCGCACCUUUCCUUACUCCUGCGACUGAACGAUACAUAUCGCCCAUGACACCCGCAAGGCUUGGUAGCCCAUUUCGUCCGCUCCGAUGUCCGAUUACUCCUUCUGCAUCGAGCGUAACUACCGAUUCUGCGGACGCGCCUCUGAAUCUCACGUUUGAGAUUGUUCGGAUUAUCACAGUGAUGUGUGGUCUUCCUUUGGCAUGCGUGAGUUUGGAAAGUGACAUGGCUGAUCUUGGCGUCGAUUCCUUGGUCUGGAUUGAGCUGAUGGGCCAGAUCAAGUCACUUCUACCGGCCAUAACAUCUGAUCUCUCGGAUUUCCUGUCGUCUGCAACUGUCGGCGACCUCGUCGCAAAAGUCGAAGAGGCACGUCACCGAUCUGCUUUCGACGUGAGCCCCUGUGAAACUUGUACGCCUCUUUCUAUAACCGCACUUGUAGAGCUAAACCGCAUGGAUGACCUUGUUUCCUUACCUCUCGAAGAAUACCCGUCGGUAUCGUUUGUCGUGAAGGACACACUUGGUAAAGUUCUUGGGGUUUCACCUCAAUGUCUUUGCGGCGAAGAUUCACUGGAUGCACUCGGACUGGACUCCCUUAGCUCUAUCGAGGCGCUCUCAAUGCUUCAAGAUCAGUUCGACGUAUCUCUUCCACAUGGGUACUUCACCGAAUGCCCUACCGUUGCCUCUGUGCAGAUGUCCAUUUCGAACAUUGUAAACCAGCGGUCACGCUCCCGUCAAUCAAGUUCGACAACUCUGGUCGGCGACGAAUCUCUCAAGAAGAUCUCGAGUAUCGAGCAGACGCUUCUUCCGAUCCAAAGUGUUGAGGGAGACGCUCGUCCUCUUUUCCUAAUUCAUGAUGGUAGCGGGUUGAGCCACUGCUACUCACGCAUUGGACAUCUUAACAGAGCAUUAUGGGGAAUCAACAACCCCAAGCUUCUUAGCGGAAAUGGCUGGAAGGGCGGUAUUGCAGAAAUGGCAGCGCACUAUCUCGAACAAAUCCGGCCGAUCAUCACUGACAAGGGUUGUGUACUUGGAGGCUGGUCGUUUGGCGGAGUUGUUGCAUUUCAUAUGGCGUGCGAGCUCAUGCGUGGCGGAGUCAAGGUUGCCGGUGUCGUGCUCAUUGACUCGCCGUCACCUUUCACGGAGGAACCACUCCCUCAGGAACUUAUCGACAGUGUCAUCCACGAGUCCUCCAGCUCCACUCCUCAACAAGCACAGAUCAUCCAACUUGCACGAGUUCAGAUGUCUUACGCUACUCGUGCUCUUGUAGCUUACGAGCCUCCUAGACUAUCCCAUACUGCAGAAUCGCCGGUUUAUCCAAAUAUUGUAAUGCUGCGCUGUACAGAUGCCUUUGCUAUGACCGAAAGCAGAGGUAGCAGCUUCACGGGAAGGGUACCGUUCCUUGAAGAUCGUGGCGAUACAAAAACUUCAGUCCAAGACUGGGAAAAGCUUAUUGGGAAAGGCGUGCCGGUUCUCGACAUUCCCGGACAUCACUUCGAGCCGUUCUCCCCAAAGAAUGUUUCUGUCUUGACUCAGCAACUGCGAAAGGCGAUCACUCAUCUCGAAGCUGUCGUCUGAAUUACCUAAAAGCCGAUUAGUAACCUUUUCUUCACUUCAUAACCUCUUUC